AUGGAACACUCUUCACCUCUAGCUGCUAUGCAGCCACCCUCAAUGGUAUUUGGUCAUUACUUCCAUGGUGAUGGACCAACAUCAUAUCCCUCCUUGUCUGGAUUCGGAUCGGCCAGCUUCAAUUUCAAGGACCUAUCAAUGAAGAAAUCAGGACCCGAUUAUUUCGACUCGAAGCCCAUUCCUUCGCCCACUGUCAGCCUCGCUGCGGAUCUGUCUCAGAACUUCCACAUUGACCAAAGUCCCCAGCUCGCCACGCCUCGACGGUCUUUGUUCACCUCCAGUAUCCUCUGCCAGGCUAAUUCUAAUGACCAUGUGAUGACAACGCCUCCAUUGCCGCCCUCCUCGCCGGCACCCGCCAUGGACACGAUGGAGAUGUCGCCUCUGCCCCACAAGCCUGCGUUUGUGCUGACGACAGAGAUCGAGUUGGCCUCGCCCUCUCCCGCCUGCAGCCCAAUGGACUCCCCCAUCCAGUCCGCCGCCGCCAGCCCCCUCCAGGGCUCUCCUCUGGACCUGUCUAGUCGGGGUCACUUCGAGCGACGUCGUCCUGGGCUCCUUCGUCCCAGUUUGGCAAAGAGCAAGGCUCAAUCAUUCCAGCUCGGCAUGAGUCGUCCCGCCGUCGAGAGCAGAGCGCCACCAUUCCGAUUCAGUACCGCCGCAGCGAAGACCUCUCUGAGCACUUCCACAUCCUUGGAGGACAUGUUCGGUGACUCGCCUCCUCAAGAGCGGACUAUUUCCCGCAACAAUUCGUCGACCUCGCUGGCGCCCCCGCGUCUGCGACCCCCAUUUCAGCAAGCCCGCAGCAGCGGCUCCCCCGCAUCGGGCUUCAUUCGUAAAGCGUCCCACCCAACUAUGCGUCCACGCAAGCAAUGUCGCCGGUCAUUGAGCAUGUUCGAGCACCCUGCGGAUGUUAUUGCCGACAAAGAGGCCAAGGUAACCACAAAUGCACCCCUCCCGUCCAUUAGUGACAUGGACAGUUCGCCUGCCCCACAACUUCCUCACUUCGUCCCUGAGGAUCAAGCGGACAAUCUGCCUCGCAUCGGUAAAAACACUCUGCUGGAACUUCUGGACGGGAAGUUCAAUGAUCGCUUCGACCAUGUCAUGAUUGUCGACUGCCGCUUCGAGUAUGAGUACGAGGGUGGUCACAUCAGCGGUGCCAUCAACUACAAUGACAAGGAGAAGCUUGCAACCGACUUGUUUGGCGCCCCUCGCGCACGAACCGCCCUUAUUCUUCACUGUGAAUACUCCGCGCAUCGCGCACCCAUCAUGGCCAAAUACAUUCGUCACCACGACAGAGCUGUUAACAUCGACUCCUACCCUAAUCUCACCUACCCUGACCUGUACAUCCUCGAGGGAGGCUACAGUUCGUUUUUCGCUGAGCAUCGGUCGUUCUGUUUCCCCCAGAAUUACGUCGAGAUGAAUGCCGACGGACACGAGUUUGCCUGCGAACGUGGUCUCGGCAAGGUCAAGCAGCGUUCCAAGUUGAAUCGCGCGCAAACCUUUGCCUUUGGCCAGCAGUCGUCCCCACAGAUGGAAGACAGCCCCACGGGUCGAACCCGUCUUGAUCGCAGUAGCCGCCUGCUUGCUUCACCCUUGGGCUCGCCAUACUCGAAUAGCCCUAUCUCCAACCGCAGUGCUGGUCGCCGCAUGCUUUCAUAUUAG